UUGGUCAGUAGGGAAAGAUUUGUCCCUUGUUCCCCAUUUACUGCGUUAACACAUCUCCCAUCUAGUACUGAUGCAUUAAGGCUGACAAUAUUCAGGCAACAACAGUCUUGCGGCAACUUCGUCUCGAAGACGAAUCUGAAACUAGGAGGGAUCAACUAUGAAGUUGUACCAGAGUCUUUUGCUAGAAACCUGUGGAUUGCCAAAGGUACGACGCUCAUAGUUGGUUACGACGUUGCUCAUCCUGGAAGGCCGACAACUGGCGAAACAAAGAACAGGAUGCCACCAAGCAAACCCAGCGUUGUUGGAUUUUCAUUCAAUGGUGCAGAACAUCGUGAGAAAUUCAUUGGCGACUACCACUACCAGACACCACGUCGUGAGAAAGUGGAACCCAAUGUACUGAAUGCUCGCUUCAAAUGGAUGCUUGAAUUGUUCACGAAAAAUCGCGGUGUAUGGCCGGAAAAUGUCGUCAUCACACGAGAUGGUGUGUCGGAAGGCCAGUAUAAAAUGGUGAUUGAUGAAGAGCUGUUCGCGAUCAAGCAGGCAUGCGAAGAGUUUGGAAAUCUCCACGGUCGCGAAUCAUGGAUGCCACGAUUCACCGUGAUUGUGGCUACCAAACGACAUAAUGCCCGUUUCUUCGUGGAAAAACAGGGUAGGUUGGCCAAGAGAUGGUUUCGGACAUGA